AACAAUCCAACUAUUGAGCCACGACGAAUUAAUUUUUAAAUUAAAUUAAUUCCCUCGAGACCUACCGCAAUCGAAAAAUGGAGAAAGAGAAGUCUAUACGAGAUUUGGAGGCUCUCGUGAACAACCAAAAAGCCCAAUUACAACGUUACGAGACCCGAUUAAAAGAUGUCGUAACUGCUUACAAGGGACUUCUCAAGGAAAAAGAAGCGCUCGAAUCGAGUCUUGCUGCUGUCAAAAAUGUCCAAGCCUCUCCGAGUCGCGAACCCACAAAAGAUGACGAAAAUAACAAAACCGAGGAACCAACAAAUUCAGAUUUUCAGGAACAACUGGCGACACUUAUGAACAGCUUGGCGACACUUUCCGCGGAAAAAAGUCGUCAAGAAGCCUCAUUCCAGAACGAUAAAAAGCAAUUGCGACAAGAAAUCGCCAUUAAAGACAAAGUCAUCUUAGAUUUGCAAGAAAAGGUCAAACAAGCGGGAAAUCGCUCAAAUUCUGACGUGGAAGCGCUAAAAUCGAAAUUGAUCGUUGAAAAGCAUGAACGUGACGUUGAAACGCGGGAUCACAUGGCACACAUUCGAGAACUCCAAAAAUUGCUCACCGACGAGAGACAUUUAAAGGAAUCACUUGAAAUGCAAUUAAAUGACCUCAAAUCUCAAUUCGGGGAUCAAGGCACCGAAGAUUUGCGUCAUUUGCGACAAGAACUCGAAGAAGCGAGAAACGUAAUUCGCGAAUACGAGAACCAUCGAAGUGGUUUUAGCGAAGAUUCGACUGUGAUGUUCCAAAAAUUGCAAGAUGAGAUGGCGCUGUUGAAGCAACAACAUGCCGUCGCGAUUCAAAAUGAGCAGAAACGAGCGUUACUCGCCGAGGAAACAAAUCGAAAGCUUGCAACACAUCACGAGGAACGUGUAGCCAGCUUAGAAGCGAGAUUAUCUGAACUUUCAUGCUCUUACGUGAGACACCGCCAACAAGACCAACUAAGUAUUGCAAAGUUAAAAGACAAAUUGGCGCGAUUAAAUGUCUCAAAAGUGGAGGAACAGGCGAAAUUUGAUGACUCAACGAACGACAUCCACAAAUUAUUGGACCAAAUUAUUCAGCUGAAGAAAAAACUCGUAAUUGAAAAUGCCCGCGCUGAAAACCCGAUCGAUUUAAAUAAAAUUUUUGUGCUUACCCAUCAAAACUCACAUGAUGACGACGAUACGACAGUUCCCUUGGCUGAAUAUAACAAACUUAAAGUUGAUUUUGUGGCACUUGUAGAAGAAAACGACACGAUAAAAUUCUCCUUGGAUGAGCAAAAAGUUCAUAUUCGAACGUUACAGGAAAAGGUUAAGGUCCUAAAUCGAAAUAUCGAGGAACAUGAAACGGAAUUAAGUAAAAAGCAAGUUGAAUUCAACCAAACUUUGAUGCAAGAGAAGAAAAAAUGGAAAGAAACUCUCGGCAUGUUAGAGUCAGAGUACCGUUCAAAAGUCUCUCAACUCGAGAACGAGUUACAAAAACAACGGGAGCGUUCCAUCUCCCUUCUCGAAGAAAAAGACAAAGAAAUCAAAACCCUCAAAACUUCAUUUGAAAUUUUCAUACCUGGAAAUCCUCAAAUGAUGAGCACGAUCCAAGACGAAGGCAACUCCGACAACGAUUCUCCCGCAUCACAACUAAGCAAUAUCCUAAAUUCCUCGAAAUUCCAGCAGCAAAAUCAACAACGAGGCAAUAACGGACCCAAUAUGUUACAUUACGCCCAUGAACUUGCGAGAAAAGAUGUUGAAAUCACGAAUUUACGCAAAGCCAAAAACGCGGCGGAAACAAGUUUGCGCCAAGCUUUGCACGAUAAAGUUACCUCGCAGCAAGAAUUGCACGAUAAAAUUAGUACGCUCGAAGAUGAAGUUGAUCGUCUCAAGCGAUACCAUUCGAGAGAAGGUGCCAACUUGGAAUACUUGAAAAAUGUCAUUGUGAGUUAUUUGGUGUCGCGUGAUCCGGAUAGUAGGAAACAUAUGUUGAAUGCCAUCGGAGCCGUCCUUAAGUUUUCAGCCAGUGAAAUGAAUUCCAUAAGUACAUUUUUGACAACCGGCAAAAAAUGACACUUGUGGUAAUCACGGAUUGAAUCCGUUCGUCCAGUGAGAAAAACUUUGAAUUAAGAUGCUUUCAACCAAUUUAAUCGAGAGAAACUAAAUAAAUAAAUAAAUAAGCUUAUGGAUAAAUAGUUGAUUAAACACGAUGAAAUAAAAGUAAUUUUGAAGUACUA